CCAUGAUAAGCAGAAGUGUGGGAAUGGAUAUGGAUUCCACACAAGCGAUCAAUCAAGCAAAGACGAUAGAGAAUUUGGGAGAUUAAUAGCUUUGUCCCUGUCAAACCAUCUAUUACUUUUAUUGUGAGAAGAAAAACAAGAAGAAGAUAGAAAAAAAAAAAAGAAAUUAAUAAAAGAACUUGCAUAUCAAACAUGUUGAGGAAAUUGGCGAGGAAAGCAAUUUCAGCCUCCAUACAAUUGAAUUCAUAUCCAUGGAAAGCAAACCCAAUUCAUUUUCUCCAGCAGAGAAGACACUUCUGCAUGGCAGUCCUUCCCAAUGGCAUCGACAGAAACUCCGAGGCCUUUACGCGUAACUCCAAUGCCAUGGAUGGCCUGAUAUCUGAUCUCCAAUCCCACAUAAAUAAGGUUUUGGCUGGAGGAGGAGAUUUAGCUGUGAAAAGGAACAGAAGUAGGAACAAGCUUUUGCCCAGAGAAAGAAUUGAUAGGCUAAUUGACCCUGGAUCUUCGUUCCUGGAGCUCUCACAGCUUGCAGGCCAUGAAUUAUAUGAAGAUGCCUUACCAUCAGCAGGAAUAAUAACUGGAAUUGGUCCAGUUCAUGGUCGCCUUUGUAUGUUUGUUGCAAAUGACCCUACAGUUAAGGGGGGAACUUAUUAUCCAAUCACAGUGAAGAAACAUCUCAGGGCACAAGAAAUUGCUCUCCAUUGCAAAUUACCAUGUAUAUAUCUUGUCGACAGUGGAGGCGCUUUUCUUCCAAAGCAGGCUGAGGUCUUUCCUGACAGGGACAAUUUCGGUAGAAUUUUCUACAAUCAAGCCAUAAUGUCUGCUGAAGGCAUUCCUCAAAUUGCACUGGUAUUGGGUUCCUGCACUGCUGGUGGUGCGUAUAUUCCUGCAAUGGCUGAUGAAAGUGUAAUGGUCAAAGGAAAUGCAACCAUAUUUCUAGCUGGACCACCACUUGUGAAGGCUGCUACAGGAGAGGAAGUCUCUGCUGAGGAUUUGGGGGGUGCUGCUCUUCAUUGCAAGACGUCUGGAGUUUCAGACUAUUUUGCUCAAGAUGAAUUGCAUGGACUUGCUAUUGGAAGGAGCAUCAUCAAGAACUUGCACAUGGCUGGAAAACUACGGAUGAUGAAUGGAUUGCAUAAUCUUAAUCUUGAUUAUAAAGAACCAUUAUAUGAUGUAAAGGAGCUUCGUUCUAUUGCGCCAGCUGACCUUAAGCAGGCCUUUGAUAUCCGCUCUGUUAUUGCUCGAAUUGUUGAUGGUAGUGAAUUUGAUGAGUUCAAGAAACUGUAUGGAACUACUCUUGUAACAGGGUUUGCUAGAAUUUAUGGGCAACCUGUUGGCAUUCUUGCAAACAAUGGGAUAUUGUUUAAUGAAUCUGCUCUAAAGGGGGCCCAUUUUAUUGAACUAUGUACUCAACGUAACAUUCCUUUGGUUUUCCUUCAGAACAUUACUGGAUUCAUGGUUGGUUCAAGGUCUGAGGCAAAUGGUAUAGCAAAAUCUGGUGCAAAAAUGGUGAUGGCUGUUUCUUGUGCAAAGGUCCCCAAGGUAACUAUCAUUGUUGGUGGAAGCUUUGGUGCUGGAAAUUAUGCAAUGUGUGGUCGUGCAUAUAGUCCUGAUUUCUUGUUUCUUUGGCCAAAUGCUAGAAUAUCUGUGAUGGGUGGUGCUCAGGCUGCUGGUGUACUGUCUCAAAUAGAAAAGGCAAACAAGAAAAAGCAAGGAAUUCAGUGGACAAAGGAAGAAGAGGAUAGAUUCAAGACAAAGGUUGUGGAUGCGUACGAGAGAGAAGGAAAUUCUUAUUACUCCACAGCAAGGCUCUGGGAUGAUGGAAUCAUUGAUCCUGCUGACACAAGGAAAAUCAUAGGUCUUUGCAUCUCUGCUUCCAUGAACCGUCCUUUAGAAGACACCAAAUUUGGUGUCUUUAGAAUGUAAAAUAAAAUGCAACUUCAGGACUAAAUUGCAUAACAAAAACGUAAUUUAUUUUAGUUGAAUAAGAGCAUCAGUAGCCAAAUACUUUCUUCUCAUUA